CUUAUCUUUUUUUCGUCCUCGCUACAGUAUAUUAAGGGGGAGGAGCUAGACACGAUGACAGGAAACAUCGAUGAGAAGAGAAGCACCUAGGCUAGGACGGAUAACCGGGUCACAGUGGCAGAACAUCGUUUAGGCUACUUUUAUAGGGCACAGUGGGAGAAUCAGGAUGCAGCAUAUGUCUUAUACGCUAUAGAUGUUUUAAAAUCCACAAGUGCCAGCCAGGCAGAGUCGUGACAUGAAAAUAUUAGGCCACUAUAGUCUAUAUGUUUUACUUGCAAAUUACAUUUGGAUUUUUUGUUUCUAACAGAUCUGCAUUUAUUUGUGAAUUUCUUUAAUUCUCUGGCCCCGCCGACCGAGUUUCGAUUGAACUUUUCCACUGGACGACUUUUGCAACUAAAAGCACCAAAAUAAUCGUUGGAUCAUCUGACAUGGCUUCCUGUGCUGAAGAGCAGCUCAUGUGUUCAAUUUGUUUGGGCGUGUUCACUGAUCCUGUAACUAUUUCUUGUGGACACAACUUUUGCAUAGCCUGCAUUAGAAGGCACAGAGACACCAGUCCAUACUCAAGGUGCCCACUAUGUGGGGUGGUAUUGGAUUUGAAAACAAAUUUCAAAAUUAAUACAACAAUUAAAGAAAUCGCAGAGAGCAUCAAAAGAAAAAGAAUCCAGGAGAAGACUGAGGUAACCUGUGAUAGUUGCCCAAAGAGGAAGUGGAUUGCUAUCAAGUCGUGUUUACAUUGUGGAAUCUCUUUCUGUGAGAGUCACUUGGAGCCGCAUAAAACUGCAGAGAAACUCAUGAAGCACAAACUGAUCGAUCCUGUAGAGAAUCUUGAUGAUUAUAUUUGCAGGAAACAUGAAAGACCUCUGGAACUGUACUGCAAAGAUGAUGAAAUAGCUGUAUGUAGGUUCUGUACAGAAAAUGACCACAAGGCUCAUAAUACAAUUCACAUGGAAGAGGAGAGUUUGAACUUAGUGAUGAAGACUAAAGUAGAGUGGAAAAUUCAGGACAGGAUGCGAAAAAUUAAAGAAAUUAAACAUUCUACAAGGUUUAAUAAGCGAGCCACGGAGAAAGAGACUGAAGAGAACACCAGGUUUUUCAGGGACAUUUUUGAGAGGUGCAGUGCAGAACUUGGGAAAGAAAUGGAAGAAAAAGAGACACAAACAGAGAGGCGAGCCGAAGAGCUCAUCGGUGAGCUGGAACAAGAGAUCAUGGAACUUAAAAGAAGAAAGACUAAACUGGAGCAUCCUUUGGAUUUUAUACAGAUGAUUAACCUCCAGCGUGACACCUUAUGUAACAGUCGCUCAUCAAACAUAAGAACCAGUGUUCACGAACAUGGAGCUAAUCUAAGAAAGGCCAUAUCACAGCUUCAGAAUAGACUACAUGAGAAAAUGAGAGAAACUGUUUCCAGAGAGCUGCGGAGUAUACAACGUUUUGCAGUGGAUGUGACGUUUGAUCCCGACACAGCUUAUCCUGAACUCAUGUUGUCUGAUGAUGGGAAAAAGGUUUGGAAUGCAGGAAAAUCACGGCAUAUUCCUGAAAACCCAAAACAGUUUGACUAUUGCUCAUGUAUCUUGGGAAAGGAUGGAUUUUCCUUACAAAACUUUUAUUUUGAGGUUGACAUAAGCGGGAAGACAGAAUGGGAUGUGGGUGUGGCAACAGAAUCUGUAAACAGGAAAGGGGAUAUUGGCCUUAGCCCUGAAAAUGGAUAUUGGACGGUAUGGCUGAGGAAGAGUAAUGAGUAUGCAGCAAAUGAUGUCAUCCCUGUCCCUCUCAUCUUAAAAGAGAAACCAGUGAAAAUAGGAGUGUUCGUAGAUUUUGAAGGGGGUCUGAUCUCAUUUUAUGAUGUUGAAGCCAGGUAUCACAUCUAUUCUUUUACAGGGCAGACAUUUGCUGAAAAACUCUAUCCAUAUUUCAGUCCUGGAGAAUAUGAGGAAGGGCAAAAUUUACAGCCCAUCAUCAUUACAUCUGUUGACUCUAUAGAAUAAAACAAGUUGAACUACACUGUAAGAAAUAUAUUGUGAAAAUUACAGUAAUUUACUGGCAGUCCUGUACUGUGUUUUUUUUAUUACAGUAAGUUACUUGUCAAUGGCUGCCAGUUAGUAACUGUGAUUGUUUAUUACAGUAAGUUACUUGUCAAUGGCUGGCAGUUAGUAACUGUGAUUGUUUAUUACAGUAAGUUACUUGUCAACGGCUGCCAGUAAAUUACUGUGUUUUUAUUACAGUAAGUUACUUGUAAAUGGCUGCCAGUUAGUAACUGUGCUUGUUUAUUACAGUAAGUUACUCAUCAAUAGCUGGAGGUUAAUUAUUGUGUUUUUACAGCAAUUUGAUUGUCAAUGGUUGCUACUAAGUUACUGUGUUUUUUACAGAUAAUGUAGAUGAUUUGGAAACAGCUCCUGACUUAAGAAUAUAAUUAUUAAUGUGGUUUUAAUUUACUAACUUUCUUAGGAUGAUUGCUUAAAAGUGAACCUAGAGCCAAAACCAAAAUGGAUCACAGAUCACUUAUUCUGGUUUGUAUCUUUACGACUUACAGUUUCUGACCGUAUUAAUAAUUUCUUGUAAGUAAAAAAAUAUUGUUCCAUCAAGUUCCAGCACUUUAUGCUUGGACUGAUACAAGUUGAUCACACUGUUUGACAAAUACACUGUCUCUAUUUUAAGCUUAAUUUGAAAACAUUUCCUAAACAAACAACAAAGUGCAAAAACAUGGCAUAAUGUAAUCAUCCCCCCAAACAAGUCCAUAAACACUGGGGAACACUGCUAAUAGAGCGCUGCUAUGUACUCUAAGGAAAUAAAUACUCUAGGACUAGGUAGACUAACUCCAACUGUGUCUCCAAUAAUGUAAACGAAAUGUACAAUAAAGAUGGGUGUAUAGUGCACAUUUUCACAGCUGAACUGAAUAUUGUUCCACAUGAAAUGUUACAGAAGAUU